AUGGACUACCAGCUCGAUGCUUCGGACAAUGCGCCCAUCGACCGCACAUCCAGCUACAAGCUGGCCACUGGCCACGAGUCAUCCGUCGACUCCAUGUCGCGGACUUUGGCGGUCCAGAGCCCGGGUCAGGAGAGUACAGGUGUGCAGGAUAUUCAACCCGUGGUCGAAGAUGAUGGACAUGCUGGUUCGCGGCUACAGCCGAUUGAUUUGGACGACGUGAGCAAUGCCAACGGCAGCACAGCUGACAUCAUCAGCGGUCAAAUCUCCUCGCCCGCCAAGCGCACGGGUGCCAGCCCCAGCCCCAGCCAGCCGUGGGGAUCGUUCUUCUCAUUCUCCUAUCUGUCGCCCCCGCAGGCCAGCUAUGAUGAAGGGGUGAGCAGUAGUCCUGAACCGAACAGCCCCAGCAAAGAUAAACGACAUGCCAGCAAAGGCAAAGGCAAGCGUAAGAAGGAUGAAGAUAAGGAAGAAGCCAUUGAAGAUGAAGCCAAGCACUCCGUCAUUGAGGAGCACACCAUGAGCUCCGAGGAGGUGGCGAACAAAUUCAAGGAUUCGAACAUCUCCCCCAAUAAGCCAAGCGGCUCAAAAGGCUUGAGUACUGCCCGAGCCAAGGAAUUGCUCGAACAAAAUGGCCCCAACCGUCUCACCCCACCCAAGCGCGUGUCAAUGUGCACGCUCUACUGGCGCCAGUACAACAACCUCUUCAACAUUCUCCUCCUCAUAGCCGCCCUCCUUUGCCUCAUUACCUUCGCCAUUGACACCGACCUGCAAGACAACCUCUAUGUGGCAAUUGUGUUGUUUGUGAUCAUUUUUCUGCAGACCUUCCUCUCCUUCCUACAGGAGCGCAAGACCGCUCGGCUACAGGACGCUUUUACGGCAUUCAUCCCGACCAAGAGCAAUGUGAUCCGUGAUGGCAAAGAAGCUAACAUAGCGACCUCAGACCUGGUUGUGGGAGACAUCGUGCUCAUCUCAGAGGGCGACAAGAUUCCCGCCGACUUGCGUCUGCUCGAGGUGUCAGACCUCAAGGUGGAGCAGGCUGCCUUGACGGGCGAGUCAGAGCCCGUUUCACGUUCCGAAGAGGCCGAGCCAACAGACACCAUUGUGACAGAGGCCUCUUGCAUUGCCUUCAACGGUACCUUGGUCACGCAAGGCAGCGGUGUCGGAGUGGUUGUGGCCACUGGUGAUGAGACCUUCAUUGGCCGUAUCGCUGGUCUCACAUCGCGCACAGAGACUGGCCUGACCACGCUCGAGCGGGAGGUGAACUUGUUUGUGCGCUUCAUUGCCUACCUUGCUAUUGCAAUGGCCACGGUCUUCUUCGCCAUUGGCCUUGGCCGCAAGGAGGGCGAUGACGUCUUGUCGACCUUCGUUUCUGGCUUCAUUGUCAUCAUCGUGGCCAACGUACCACAGGGUCUGCCCGCCACUGUGACGUCCCUCUUGACCAUCGCCACCAAGCGCUUGGCUAGCCGUAACAUCUUCGUCAAGAAACUCAACUAUGUUGAGACCCUGGGAGCCGCCACUGUCAUUUGCAGCGACAAGACUGGCACACUGACCAAGAAUGAAAUGACCGUCACUGAGCUCUGGUUGGACCGCGAUUUCUUUUGGCAAGAAUUUUCCGAAUUGCUCGAUCGGAAACGCUCCAAAUCCACAGCAAACCAAGGAUCAGACGCCAACGUGCCCAAUACAUUUGACAUGUUCCACCUUGUCAGCUCCGUGUGCAACAAAGCCUUUAUCGAGCGAGCAGAGGAUUCGGCCUCCAACAACCAACCCAUGCUUGGCUCGCACCCCUUGAGUCAUGAUUCCUCUUCGCACUACCCGUCUGCAUCUGAUCCACGCUACCAACGCUCAGGCAGCCACGCCAGCGGGGGCCAGUCGCGCCAUGCCUCCAAUGCCGCUGGUCAUCACAGCCGCACAGAGUUUGGGGGGCAGGAGGAUCAGUACUUUGGCAGCCCCAGCGAGGUGGCUUUGCUGCGCUUUUGCAACGGUCUGCGCUCGAUUCAGCGC